AAAAAGGAAAAGGAAGAGACUUUGAGCUGAAGACUUUGGAGCAGCUACUUCUUUUGUCUUGUACCUCUUAAAGAACCUCACUCUCUCUCUCUCCUCUCUAUUACCAAAAAUCCCCAAAUCUUGAAAAGUUUAGGUUUUGAAGUUUGAGAGAGAGAGAGAUGAGUGCUUCGAGGUUUAUCAAGUGUGUCACCGUCGGCGACGGCGCUGUCGGAAAGACUUGUCUGCUCAUCUCCUACACUAGCAACACUUUCCCCACGGACUAUGUGCCAACUGUGUUCGAUAAUUUCAGCGCCAAUGUGAUUGUGGAUGGGAACACUAUCAACUUGGGAUUGUGGGAUACUGCAGGACAAGAGGACUACAAUAGACUAAGACCUUUGAGCUAUCGCGGCGCAGAUGUCUUCUUACUUGCCUUCUCUCUCGUCAGCAAAGCUAGCUAUGAAAAUGUUUCUAAAAAGUGGGUGCCUGAACUGAGACAUUAUGCACCUGGUGUUCCCAUCAUCCUCGUUGGAACCAAGCUUGAUCUUCGAGAUGACAAGCAAUUCUUUGUUGAGCACCCUGGUGCUGUUCCUAUCUCUACUGCUCAGGGUGAAGAACUGAAGAAGCUGAUUGGGGCACCUGCUUAUAUCGAAUGCAGUGCAAAAACACAACAGGUAAAUGUCUUUAAUCUAGUCUUUACUUUACAUGUAUGAAGCUACUGACAAUAUCUAAUCUUCUCCAACAGAAUGUAAAAGCGGUGUUUGAUGCGGCUAUCAAGGUAGUUCUCCAGCCACCCAAAAACAAGAAGAGGAAGAAGAGGAAGUCUCAGAAAGGUUGUUCUAUAUUGUGAUUCAAUAGAGAGAGAGAGAGAGAGAGAAGGAAUCAACAUGAGGAUUGAAGUAGCUCCACCUGUUUGUUUCCUUCAAGAAAGGAAGGAUCUGUUGUUUGUAGUCUUUAAAAAAAUCUGAAGAAGUAGUAACCAAGUUAUUUGUAUUCUUGUUUUCAUUUUGAUCUGUAAAUAUACCAUGGAUCCUUUAUUUCUUUGCUUCCUAGACUCUCACGACUUGUUUAGAGAUUAAUCUCCAAUAACGUUUUAUGUGGUUUCAGCCACAUAUAAUUA